AUGGGCUCCAAGGCAUUUGGGUUCGCGAGCAAACCCGUACAAGAGCAAGAGCAGACGAUCACCUUGUUUCGGCGAAAUCUUUCUCACAAUCUCGAUUUGGUUCGUGCCAGUGAUGCUGCCUUCCUGCGUUGCUUCUUUGCCAUGGUUCUCGAAGCUGAUGUCCGCGUGAGUGGCGCAGCAGUGGCUGGUAGCAGUGCGCUGGCUCGGCUGCGGACCUUGCUCGCGCCCGUCGCGCAGAUGAAUGACUGCUGCCGGCAGAAGCGCAAGCACACAGUUUGGAUUUUCAAGUCUCUGUUUGGAGAGACGACAGUAUGA